AUGGUCAACCAGACGCUGAUUGAGACCGGCCGCUUCUUUCGCUCCUCCGGCUCGCUGCAGUCACGAGCGCAGCUGAAGAGGAACUUCCCCGACGUGCACGAGCAGUAUCAGUCUGCCCUGGACGCGCUGUCGGAGCAGAUUUUCAUCGCGAAAGCGUUUCUAGAAAAGGACUACGAGGCUAUUGUGGCCAAAAGGGCGAACCUGCGAGGCACGCGGCCACAGGCUGCACCGCCCGAAGACGGCCGGAAGGACAGCCCAAUGAAAGAAAGCCCCGUUGGUCAGGCCUCGAGUGCAUCGUCCUCGCAAAACCCAUCAGAAUCUACCGCCACCCUCGCAGAUACCGCUCCCCUGACGUCAACUGUUUCCCCAACUCCUGCAACAACAAAGCAGGCUUUGUCCACGACACCCACAACCACCAAUGCUGGUAGCGCCCUUUCACUUCCCCCUACAAACCCCGCUCCCCCGCCCACGGCGAUCAAACAAGAACCACCGUCCACUGUUGUGCCAUCAGAGCAGGACGCUGAAAAUGCUCCACCUGAUAUAAACCUCUCCAGCCCGGACUUGAAUAUGACUGGCGCAGAGGGCCAAUCAUUACCGGCGGAAAACCCCCUGGACUUUGGUGGUGCCUUCGGACCGAUUCUGCCGGGGUUAGAGACAUACGCCAUGGCUGGCACAGACGAGGCGGCAAUGGACCUUUCUGGCGCGGAUCAAAAUGCACCUGAAUUCAGUGCCAUCAAAAAUGAGCCUGGGGAUACCACGGACUCGUCGACCAAACCGCACAUGCCUGCACACGAAGGAGUGAGGGCCGACAUAUCAAUGGAGGAUGUGCCACAUGCUGAGUCGACUUUUGAUGAUUUGUUUAUUGGAUCUGCCCAUUUUGCGACCGACGGAGAUGAUUUACUACUUCAGGGAGAGGAUAUUGGCGAUUUAGAUGAUUCCUGGUUUUCGUGA